AUGCAGCAGCAAGAACUCUCCUCGGCACCGGCGAACGAUCACGUUCGUCGAUUGACCAAGCGAACGAUUUCAGUCAGUCGGGGUAGUGCUGCAUACCCCAGGAAACGAGCUGUCACUGCAUGCCAAGUUUGUCGAGCUCGACGAACCAAAUGCGACCAAAAGAAGCCAUCAUGUUCAUUCUGCGAGAGCAUUGGAGCCGAGUGUACUUCGGAUCCAGGAACCAUACCGUCCACAUUCGAUCCUGCAAGCAUUGCCAUUCUUGAGCGGUUGCAUAACUUAGAAAGCAAGUUCGAUUCUAUAGCCUGUAUUUCACUACGGGACGAUGCCGAAGCUGGUCACCUGCGCCGUGGGAAGGGUAGCCGGGAAGAGACACAAGUCGACCUGCGUUUAGAAAACUUCUUGCCGGAAACACUGGAUACAAUCUUGAAGUGGCCAGUCUUUCGGAGUUUGGAUCUACCUGUUGUGUCAACACCAGGCCAAUUCAGCCCAGUCUCGGUACAAUCAUCCACGCAAGCACCAGCCAUGAGCGAUGAACUUAAUCCAGCGGUAUGCAACCAAUGGCUCGAUGGCUUCUUCCGUCACAGUCAUUGUAAGAAUCCUGUUCUCGAUGAACAACAAACUCGCUGGGAUAUCGAAUCAUGUCUAGCACUUCUUGUGUGUGCGAACGGUGCACUGGCCUGUCCUCUGUCCAGUCCUUCUGCCUCUGCAGACGAGAUGACAUCUUCGGUCUCUCAUGUUCUAUUUACGACAGCACUCAAGCGGAUUGGGUCGACCUUGGGCUCUGCUGGUAUCGUUCAGGCACAAUGUUUAUUUCUUGCGGGAGUCUUUCUGAUGUCAUGGCGCAUGUUUCUGCAAGCACUCGCUGUUUCUCAAAGCUUCAUGUCUUGUGACAGCCGAAGAUCUAACGCAGCCGAAGAAAGCAUAUAUUGGUCCUCGUGGAAGUCGGAGAGGGAAUUGAGAUGGGAGUUGGGCCUACCUGACUUCGGUGAGAUGGGAGGCGAGACGCCGCGAUCUUUUCCGAGCUGUUCUGAGGCUGAUGGAGAUGAUAAUCUUCGCGCUUGGUAUUUUUAUUUGUCCGAUAUCUCGCUUUGGCGGUUGGAGACAGCAGCCAAGAAGGAUAUGAGGACAUUAGUGGACGAAAAACCAGCUCGGAUCUAUGACAAGUUGAUUGAUUUUGCGGAGGAGAGUCUUCAGCGUGUCACAAACUGGAGAGAUUCGCUAGCAGCCAGUGUCAGCAUUGCAGAGGAUGACUUUCCAAAAGGUGAUGACGGCGACAUUCUCAAGUUUGUUCUCAAAGGACGAACCACUUACUUCCAUGAGCUUAUCACACAGGAGGCCUCUGGAGUUAGACGGUUGGAAAUCAAUCGUCCGGGUUAUUACCACCGGCAUCAUGGCACUUGGCUAAUGAUACGAUCUUCAGCUCGAAGUGCAUGUAUUCUGCUUGCAGCAGCCCAAAAUUCGUUCACUGCUCAGCUCCUACCAUCCAACUGGCAAGAGGCGGUUGAAGCGACGAUUUUGAUGAUUCGAUUCUGGAGCAGUGGUUGCGAAGGAUUGGCUUCUGUAGCUCACCUCCUCGAGUGUCUUUUCAAGAUUGAAGCGAUCAAAAUCUAA